UUGCCCAAUAGCAGCUCCUCCGGAAGCGGCCGUCAUGUGAUCCCCAACACUUCCGGCGGAGACUCCGGAAUUCUUAAAGGGACCGCAACGGGAGAAAUGUGGGGCCGGGAACUGGGGUAAAAAAAGCGGAUUUGGAGCAAAUUCUCUCCCGCGAUGAUCUCCCAGCUCUUCAUCCUCUCCUCCAAGGGCGACCGCCUGGUGUACAGGAACUUCCGCGGGGACGGCCGCGAUGACGUCACCGACGCCUUCUACCGCGCUGUCACCGCCCUGCCCGGGGACCAGGCCCCCGUCUUCAUGGCGCACGAGGGCCAGCACUUCGUCCACGUGCGGCACGGGGGGCUCUACGUGGCGGCCACCACCGCGCCCGACGCGUCCCCCUUCGUCCUGGUGGAGUUCCUCAACAGGUUGGUGACGCUGCUGCGGGAGCACUGCGGGACACUGAGCGAGAAGAGCGUCACCGUGAACAUUUCUCCCUCCUCCCAUUUCCCCCAAUUUCCCCCAUUUCGUUCCCCGUUUCCGUACUGCGCAUGCGCGGCGCGUAGGGAUGCGGCGGCGCGCGGGGAGCGCAGCGCGCAGUGGCGCCGUGGCUUAGUUGGUUAA